AAAAAGUGAGAUUUUUGUGAAGAUGAGAGGUGUGAAUGAUACUAGGGAGACGAUCAACGCUGCCGCCUCGGCGAUUGCAUCGGAGGAGAACAGACCGCCUCAUUCUUCUUCAGUUCAGAAACGAAGAUGGGGAAGCUUUUGGAGCAUUUCUUCAUGUUUUGGAUCUCAGAAGCAAAAGAAGAUUGGGCAUGCUGUUCUUGUUCCCGAACCUAGUUCCUCAAGAACCGAGUCUUCGACAAUUGUAAACCCAUCUCAACCAUCUUCCUUGGUCCUUCCGUUCAUUGCUCCUCCAUCCUCUCCAGCAUCUUUCCUUCAAUCUGAACCACCAUCUGCCGCCCAAUCACCUGGUGGCUUACUGUCCUUCACAGCUGCAUCCUCUGGUCUGUAUUCACCUAGUGACCCCACCAACAUGUUUGCUGUGGGGCCUUACGCCCACGAGAGGCAGUUGGUUUCGCCGCCAGUUUUCUCAACCUAUACCACCGAGCCAUCAACCGCUCCUGUCACACCUCCUCCAGAGUCUGUUCACCUGACCACCCCUUCAUCCCCUGAGGUGCCGUUUGCUCGGUUUCUAGGCUCCGCUAAUCAAAAUGGUGAAGUGGAUCGGAAAUUUUCGUCAUCCCACCAGGAAUUCCAAAUGUAUCAGCUGUACCCCGGGAGUCCGAUGGGCCAACUCGUAUCGCCCAGUUCGGGUGUCUCCAAUUCCGGCACCUCCUCUCCGCUCCCGGAUGGAGGCAGCGUUCCCCACUUCCUCCGCUACCCUACCGGUGCAAAGCGGUCACCUUCAGAAUGGGAAUGGCGUGAAGCAUCCGGCACUAUGACCCCGGAUCCCUCCGGUACCCAGUCCGUUCUGGACCGUCAAGACUCCGAUGUGGGUCCACUGACCAAGUUCUCGAAUGACGAUCAGCAUGCGAUUGAUCAUAGAGUGUCGUUCGAGAUCACGCCGGAUGAAGUGGUGAGAUGCGUAGAACGAAGACUAACUGCUGACGUGGCAGGGGGCGGCGGAGACAGUAGUGGUGAUGAGGUGGCAAGCCAUCAUAGGUCAACAGCAACCCUUGGGUCUGGUAGAGACUUCAACUUUGACAGUAGAGAUGGAGGAGAUGCUAAUUGGUGGAAGGUUGUUGGCAAAGAAAGUGGGGGUGGGCCUAUUAAGAACUGGGCCUUCUUUCCCGUAGGUGUGAACUAGUAUUAGUAUUUACUAUUUAGUAAUGUAAUGAAUUCAAAUCAAAUAGUGUUUGGUAUUUGGAAUUGGAGUCUUUUAGGUUGAUUAAGAAUGUAAAAAUUGAAAUUUGAUAUUUGCGUUUGUGAGAAAAAA